UCAAAUUUCAAUCAUACUCGAAAAAGAAAUUCUCCUACUUAAAUUACGCGGGAAUUCCAAUUUUCAAAAUAUCUCAAUAUCUCUCCUCUGCAAAACUGCAGAACUCAACCUCCAUUCAGUCCGUUGCAAUCGCCAUUUCCAACUCAAAUUUAAACUCUCUCUUCCUUCUUUCUCUCUCCUAACCUGAAAUCUGCUUGCGAUGUCGGCGGUGAAAGGAAGCGGCAAGAAGAACUCCGAAGUUGAUGCUCAGCAGUCUGAAAAACGAAAGCGAGAGUUUCAUGAAGAUGAAGACAUCUUUGACAAUGAGCUUUCCAGCGAGAUCAAAGGAAUUGUGUCAGCGCUGCAGCAGAUCAGAGAGAAAGCUGAAAAAGACGGUCAGAAGAAGAAGGAUGAGACGAUUUCUAGCGUCACUGCCGAGAUCAAGUCUAUGUUUGAGGAGUUAAAGACAAAGAUUGAGAAGGACAGACAGACUUUUGCAAAAGCAUUGACAAAGAGCUCAAAGGAGUGUGAAAAUGCAUUGAAGGAGGAGACUGUCAACUUUCAAACAGUGUACGAAAAAUUCAGCAAAGAGAAGGCAUCAUAUCUGCAGACACUGAAAGAUAUCAUUACCAAAUAUGAAGAAGAGAAGGAAAGGCUCUUCAUGCGAUAUGAACAACAAAGGAAGAAAGAAAAGAGCGUGAUACAAGAAAAAGAGAAGGUGUGCACUGACAAAAUUGCUGAGUUGGAGGGGUCUUUGAAGAAGAAGAAACAGGGUGACAGAACUUUCAGCCUUUUACGGAAGACUCUAGGAUCCUUUCUCGAAAAUGGUUCAGAUGAAGAAUUUCCACAAGAUGACUAAAAGGAGUAUUAUGGUUUAAGACCUGAGCUUUCACUUAUAGUAAUGUAAAGAAAAACGAAACUUUUGAUUUUGCAAUGUCUGUACAGGGCCGACAGGCGAUUAGCCCUUUGUUUUCCUUCAGGCACAAGCCCCUGUUGAAUGUGCAGCCACUGAAUUCUAAUGAAGUAGAUAUAUAUACAUCGGCUACCAUUGCAGGAAAUUUUGCUA